GCUAAAAGAAACAAACCAAAAACCAUGGGUUCUAACUAUGAAGAGAUUCUUCCUCUUCCAAAAUGUUCACCUCAUGAUGAAGACAAUGCAUGCCUAUCUGCUAUGCAACUUAGCUUUAGCCCAAUGGUUUAUACUGCUGUGUUGAAUGCUGCUAUUGAGCUCAACUUGUUUGAGAUCAUAGCAAAGGCAAACCCACCAGGCAUGUCAGCCUCUGAGGUUGCUUCUAAACUUCCAACUCAGCACAAAAAUUUACCUAAAAGGCUUGAUCGCAUGCUGUGUCUACUUGCCAGUCAUUCUCUUCUUACCUGUUCUACAAGCACAAAGGAAGAUGGUGGGGUUGAAAGACUCUAUGAACUUUCACCUGUUGGCAAGUACUUUGUCAAUGAUGAAACCACUGGCUCUUUGGCCUUGUUUUCAACGUUUAUGAAUCAUGGAACGCUCGUUGACGCAUUCCUUAAUUUCAAGGAGAUACUUCUUGACUGUGAUAAUGGCCUAUACAUUAAAGUUCAUGGAAUGCCCAUUUAUCAAGGCAUACAAUCUGAUCCAGCGUGGGAUCAUACUUUUAAUAAAGCAAUGGCCAAUAUAUGCACAAGAGAGAUGACAAAGAUACUUGAAAUAUAUACUGGAUUCGAAGGAAUAUCAUUGUUAAUUGAUGUGGGAGGUGGAGUUGGGCAGUGCUUGAAUAUGAUAAUCUACAAGUAUCCUUCAAUAAAGGGUGUUAAUUUUGAUCUUCCACAAGUAAUACAACAAGCUCCAACUUAUCCAGGGAUUGAGCAUUUUGAAGGAGAUAUGUUCGAAAGUGUUCCAAAGGGUGAUGCCAUACUAUUGAAGGGCAUAUUGCACAAUUGGUCCGAUGAAAAUUGUUUGAAAAUUCUAAAUAAUUGCUACAAAGCUUUGCCAGAAAACGGUAAGUUGGUUGUUGUAGACUUCAUAAUGCCCGAAGCAGUUCAGUCUACUGAAGCAGAUAAGAUGGUUACUAGCUUUGACAAUCUUAUGUUUCUUGACGGAGGAAGCGAAAGAACCGAGAAAGAAUUUUUGAAUUUAUGCAAAUGUUCUGAUUUUUCUAGUUUCCAAGUUGUUUGUCGUGCCUUUACUGCUUUGGGAGUGAUGGAAUUUUAUAAAUAAUAUGUAAUUGUCUACUCUUGAUGUGUAUUUUUAUCAGGAUAUUCGACUACUAUGUUUAGUGAAAAUAAAUAAUAGGGCCAUUGCGUUUGCAUGUUAGUGAA